AUGCUGGUUUCUCGUAGCGGAAUCCAAGGCGAAUGGCGGCUGUUGCAUGAAAGUAUCGGCGUAUCAGCCAUGCACAUGCAACUCCUACGUAAUAACAAGGUAGUUAUCUUUGAUCGGACAGAUUUUGGCCGUUCUAAUCUCUCGCUUCCAGGGGGGCGUUGUCGCUAUGACUCCCAUGACUUGGUCAUACGCGAAGACUGCUCUGCUCACUCUGUCUUAUACGACGUUGGGAGCAACACUUUCCGUCCAUUGAUGGUCCAAACGGAUACAUGGUGCUCGUCUGGUGCUGUCCUCCCUGAUGGAACAUUAGUUCAAACCGGAGGAUACAAUGACGGGGACCAUAUUAUACGUACUUUAGCGCCUUGCACGGGCGAAAACUGUGAUUGGAUAGAGCUUCCUAGAACUUUAAUUCAGCGAAGAUGGUAUUCAACUGACCAGAUUCUUCCUGAUGCUCGAAUAAUCGUGAUCGGGGGAAGAAACCAGCAUAACUACGAGUUCUACCCGAAAAAUUCCAAAGACGAUCCCUCUUCCUUUUCCGCGUUCUGGCUACAAUUCCUUAGUGAUACCCGAGAUGGAGAUAAUGAGAACAACUUAUAUCCAUUUGUGUUCUUAUUACCAGAUGGAAACCUUUUCAUUUUCGCGAAUACAAGAGCUAUAAUUCUUGACUACAAGAACAAUGAAGUGGUGAGGGAAUUGCCUUCAAUUCCUGGUAAUGAACCUAGGAACUACCCGAGCACCGGCUCAGCAGUCUUACUUCCUCUAGACGAAAAUCGUCCUAUGCAAGCUGAAAUCAUGGUUUGUGGAGGAGCGCCUCGUCGUGCAUUUGGACUUACAGAUUAUGGCGUUUACAUGACCGCUCUUUCUAGUUGUGGACGGAUCACUAUAAGCGAUGAUCAUGUUAGCGACAGUAGCUGGAAAAUGGAGCAAAUGCCAACGCCACGAGUCAUGAGUGACAUGCUAAUACUACCCAAUGGGGAUAUUAUACUCAUAAAUGGUGCAGCAAGGGGGACAGCAGGUUGGGAAAACGCACGAAAUCCUGUCACUAGGCCGGUGAUUUACAGGUCAAACAGGGCGGAAAACAACAGGUUUUCAGUCAUGGAAGCAUCAACAAGACCGCGACUUUACCAUUCCACAGCCAUUUUACUGACCGAUGGACGAGUUCUUGUUGGAGGAAGCAAUCCACAUAAAUUCUACAAUUUUACUGGUGUGGAUUUCCCAACUGACCUAAGCUUAGAAUCCUUCUCUCCACCAUACUUGGCGCCUCAAUACGCGCCUCUAAAACCAACCGUUCUAUCCAUUGAUGAUAUCUUGAUAUACAAACAGCCAUUUUCUGUGACUUUCACAGUACCUAAGUUCCUGAAAAUGGGGAUUGUUUCAGUCAGGAUCGUCGCGCCUUCAUUCACUACGCAUUCUUUUUCGAUGAAUCAAAGAAUGGUGGUGUUGAAAAGGGUUGCAAUAUCUACUGUCUCUGAUAAUACAUAUAGAUUUAUAGCAUUUGGUCCAUCAACUAAAGAGAUUGCGCCACCAGGGUAUUAUAUGCUCUUUGUAGUACAUGCUGGAAUACCUAGCUCUGGUGUAUGGGUGAAAAUCCAGGAUCUUUCUGUGUAUUAG